AUGACUUCGGCAUACAGCAAGAUCGAAGAGCUGGCCACAGCAUCCAUUGCCCUGGUUCUGACGGCCUGGGGCUACCUCAGUGCCUUCCUACUAUCCUUCACAAUCAACCGCGCCCUCUUGGCCUAUGCCCUGCUUCCGCUCUACCUCCUGAGGCUCACAUACAGCGUCUUGCCAACGAUUCUGCGGAAUGCACCGCGGCUACUCUUGCCAAACGGAUGGAGCAGCCUUAUCAAGGAUGCGGAGCAAUACCGGCAGCAGACAGAAAAGCUAGCUCAAUCGCAGCUUGAGGGAAAGUACGAGUUCAAAGAGGAUGAGAUCAUCCGGGCCGACCAAAAGGACAAAGGAUGGAUGGCUGAUAUGCCAUGGAGGGACAAUGUAGAGGAGUUUCAGGUGUGCGGCGCAACGGCCCGAUAUGUUCAUCUGAAGCCGAGUUAUCGCAGCAUCGCAACAAAUAACAAGACUUCCCAUCGGCCAAUCGUCUUUCUGCAUGGUAAUCCAAGUUGGAGCUAUAUGUGGAGAAAUGUAUUUCCUGCGCUGCUGGAACGAGGCCAUGAGGUGUAUGCGCUGGAUUGGCUUGGACAUGGUCGCAGCGACAAGCUCACCCGUCCAGAAGCCAUCACCUUUGAGCUACACAUGCGCACCUUGAUGCAAUUCUUCGAAUCUACCGGUCUUGAGAAUGCUACUCUCGUGGCACAUGACUGGGGAGGUUGUGUCGCCUUGUGCACGCUACCUCGCCUCCCGACAUCAAUCUGCACCAGUCUAUUCCUAUUAAACUCUUUCCUCCCUCCCCGUCUCAGCGACAUAAGUCUGCAUUAUAUCCUCCUAUACGCAAUUUGGUUCAUGACCACCGGGAUCCUGGGCGGGUGUACCCCCGAAUCUGCAGUCAUGCGCUUCAUGUCUCCAGGUAUCUCACAGCAAGACGUCACCGGCUACGCCGCGCCUUACAGGAAUCUCCCGGUGAAAGCCAAGUCCAGCGUCUACCGCUUCGCGCAUAUGGUCCCCGCCACACCCCGCGCGGUUCUGACAAGUUUGCGAUACACAUGGCUGUGGAAACUAGUCGAGGGCCUCGCCGGACCGUCCAACUUCGACAACCUCACUGCUCAGGCUCGACUUCGCGGUCGCGACGAUGAGAUCCGGAGUUUCUGGAAAUCCAGCGAGAGAGCGCGCCACUUGCAAGUUGCUGUUGUCUUUGGCAAGAAUGACCCGUUGCUGAAAGAUUACAAGGAUGUUCUCGUGCGUGCUGUUGAUUCGCGGGUCAUGGUUGACUGGGCUCCUUAUGGAAUUUGGCUAGAGGGUGCUGGUCAUUAUCCGGUGGAAGAGAAGCCGAAAGCGGUUGGUGACUUGGUUGCAAGGCUUGCGAGGCAUCGUGAGCCUACGGCGAUGCGGAAGUGA